AAUAAAAACGGAGAAAAAAAGAGGAGGAAAGAAGUGGAAAGAGGAGGAGGAAGAAGAUAAAGAGGGAGAAGGUUGAAGAGCUGAAGAUGAGUAAAGUUCAGAGAAAACAGGGAGUCGGGGGUCUUUUCAGACCAGUUUCCUGGAACAAAGGUCGUCGUUUCACCAGUCCUGGACCUGAGAUACAAAAACUAAAUGAAAACACUGGAAUUCAAAAUUAUGAGGGUCCCUUGAUGCGGCUCCAGAUUGAAGCAUAUUUGGACGAUAACCCUGAAUUUGCAGAGUCCUACGUUCUACGCAAAAUCAGCAGAAAAACAAUAGAAAAAUGGCUUAAACUGCACUCCGUGCAAGAACAAGAGAAUCCUCUACUAAUAGUUCAAGAACCAACCACUCCAGGAAGAAAGUUUUCCGAUGAACCCAGUUAUUCUUCACAAAUAAGGAAACGAUUUUCCGCCGAUAAUUCUCCCACGAUCCACCGAUCUAUCUCGGUUACUCCGAACCGGAAGAUUUCUGCUUCUGUGUUUGAAGCAAGCGGGCUUAGGUCUGCCAUUUUAUCAACGGCGGAUGACGGCUCCGCCUCGUUCCUAUCCACCAACUCCGCCGUGGACCUGUCCAGGCAAAGGUCCAAGUCCCUGAUCCUGGUCGGGGAGCAGAGGUCCAUCAAGGACGUGACGAACACGAUCAUCUCUGAGCUGGACUUGAGCGUGCUCUGUCAGAAGAUUGCGCAUCAUCUUCUCUCAAUAUCCCAGGGUUCAGAGUGUACAAUCGCUCUACCUACAGAUGGACUUAAGCGAGGAUAUAGGAUAGAGGCGAUCAAUAUCAGACAGAACGGAGUGGGUGGAGUGAGACAGAUAUCUGCUCUACCACUUCCAGAUAGUAGGGUGGAGAUAGAUAAUUCUACAGUAAGUUUAUUGACGGAUGGAAAACUAGUCUAUCUUCCCUCCUCCUCCAACCUGUUCCCUAAAACAUCCCAGGUUACUCUACCCGGAGCUACUGUAGGAAUCUGUCUCAUCCCACUCAGAGAUAUUCAAGAAGAACUGCAAGGGUUUGCUGCUGUUAAGGGAAGAGAUCUCCUGGAGCUUCAAGCUAACACAGUACUGCUGGAUCUAGCCAGAAUAUCAGGGAUAUGUUUAAAGAAUUCAACACAGUACAAUGCAGCGAGACUAGAGGUCACUAGAUCACAGGUGUUCCUGGACCUAGCUCGAGUAAUAUUUGACGAGCAGACCUCCAUAGAAUUUACUGUUCUUAAGAUACUCAUCAACUUUCUCAGUUUAAUAGAAUGUGAGCGGGCCCAGGUUCUCCUCUCUUCUGCUGAAUCUCCAACACAGUUUCAUAAAGUUUUCGAUCUGGAGGAAGCCGACCUUAAUCGUCCAGAUUUCGAGGAGUUGAAAUCUCCGUUCGAAAACCGGUUUCCUAUCAACAGCUCAAUUUCCGGUCUGGUGGCCGCAACAGGAGAGACGGUAAAUAUUGGUGAUCUAUCUACCGAUCAUAGAUUUGAUCCCAGGCUCAAUGGUGAUGUGGAUGUGGAACAUAGAUCCCUUCUCUGUAUGCCUAUACUGGAUAGUGAUCAGAAAAUACUCGGUGUUAUAUCUCUUAUCAAUAAAAAGGAGGGUCAGUUUACCUGGAACGAUGAAAGAUUUGUGGAAGCGUUUGGAAUAUUUUGCGGCAUUGCGCUCAGAAACGUUUCUCAGUUUGAGAUUGUUCAAUCUGCCGAAGCUCGAUGUCAGGUUGCUCUGGAGAUAAUGUCCUACCACGCAGAUUCAGAUCCAAAGGAGGCCGAGGAACUAAGUAAACUACCCGUUCCUUCAGUUCUCUCUCUUCAGCUCCAGUCCCUCACAUUCCUAGAUACAGAACUACAGGAGAGAGAUACAGUUAGAGCAUGUUUACGAAUGUUCUAUGAGCUGGACCUGGUCUCCAGGUUUGGGUUGGAUCACAAUGUUCUCUGCAGAUGGUUGCUCACCACUAAGAAGAACUACAGGGUUGAAGUACUCUACCAUAAUUGGAACCAUGCAUUUAAUGUUGCUCAGAUGAUGUUUUCCUGUUUGUUAAACUCCGGAUGGUGGUCUGGGUUGGGUCCUAUCUCCUGUCUAGGACUUCUCAUCGCCUGUCUUUCACACGACCUGGAUCAUAGAGGAACCAAUAACAGUUAUCAAUUGUCCACAGAUUCUCCUCUAGCUCGUCUCUACUCAACCAGUACCCUGGAGAGACAUCAUCUUAACCAAACCUUGGUUAUACUUAAUCUUCAAGAUAAUAGAAUCCUGGAGCCCUUGAAUUCUUCUGAAUAUACUGCUGUUCUAACAAUAGUAGAGGAAGCUAUUAUUGCCACAGACCUGGCCCUCCACUUUGCUCAUUUAUCUAAACUUACUGCACUAUCUAGGUAA